UGGUAACGGGAGGCCGGCGGCUCCGUCCUUCGCCGGGCCGGGCCUCGGGCCCGCCGCCCUGCUCUUCGCCCUUGUGCUCUCUGUAUACAUGCAGACUCUGCACCCUGCGGUGCCGGGCGGUGACUCCGGGGAGCUGUUGACGGCUGCCUGUGAACUAGGGGUGGCACAUCCUCCUGGGUAUCCAUUGUUCACUCUUCUGGCAAGGCUAGCCAUGACCAUCCUUCCAGUGGGCUCUCCUGCUUUCAGAGUCAAUGUAUUGAAUGCGAUCCUGGGGGCAGCCACAGCCCCUCUGCUCUUUGAUGCGGCCAGCAGAUUGUCGGGAUCCAUUGCCGGAGGGACUCUUGCCGCAGGUCUCUUCGCUUUUUCCAGACUGGGAUGGCUGUGGUCCGUUACAGCGGAGGUUUUCUCCUUGAACAAUUUCUUCAUCGGCCUCCUCAUGGUUUUAACGGUUAGAUUCAGCACAGCAUUGACUGCGAGGGAAAGGUCAAAGCUGUCUCUACAGGGAGCAUUCUGUUGUGGCCUGAGUCUCUCUAAUCAGCACACAGUUAUUCUCUAUGUGAUGUUUAUUGUUCCAUGGGUGUUGCUUCGAUUACAUACACAUCAGGAGUUGUCCGUGCGGGCCGUCCAGUGGCUGGGCCUGAGUUUUGGAGCUGGCCUGCUGCCUUACCUGUAUCUGCCCAUCUCAUCCUACCUCAAUCAAGCACGCUGGAGCUGGGGAGACCAAACCACCCUGAGAGGCUUCAGCACCCACCUGCUGCGGGAGGAGUAUGGCACGUUCAAUCUGGUAGAUCCUGCCAGUCUAUGGACAUGUGUGGGUUCGGGACUGCUGCAUGUCUGGAGUUAUCAGAUGAUGCAAAUAAAGACUGAACUGACAACAGUUGGGGCAGCCUUGGCACUUGUGGCCAUCCCACUGCAGGGCCUUAAAAGGAGCUCCCCUCAAUCCUCGGUCUUGUGGCUUUUCACUGUGAUGCUCUGCUCCUACUCGUUGUUCUUCUCCUGGAGAGCUAACCUGGACAUCACCAAACCUCUCUUUAUCGGCGUGGUUGAAAGAUUCUGGCUGCAGAGUAAUUUGGUGGUUUGUGUUCUGGCGGGCUGUGGUCUGGCUUCAGUCUCCUCUGUGCUGCGGAGAAUAAUGGGCAGUCACUCACUGUGGCACUGGGCAGAGUGGCUCCCGGCCAUCUUCCUCAUUGCCUUCCAGAUCCACCUGAACUACAGGAUAUGUGACAAAAGUAACAAUGAUGUUGUGGACAAAUUUGCCAGAAAUCUUUUGGGCAGUGUGCCCCCUGACGCCAUCAUCCUACUCCGGGGAGACCUCCCAGGAAACACUCUACGAUACCUCCACUACUGUGAGAAGCAAAGACCUGACCUCAGUCUGGUGGAUCAGGAGAUGAUGACGUACAACUGGUAUUUGCCAAAAUUGGCCAAACACCUACCCAAUGUCCGUUUCCCUGGCAAUCGCUGGCAGCCUGUGGACAAGGAGAAUUCUGCUGGGAUCGUAACAUUCAACUUGAAUCAGUUAUUCAAUGAGAAUGGAGAUAAGGAGAUCUUUGUGUGUAUUGGACUACAUGAAGGAGACUUGAGCUGGAAGCAGAGUUACUCCCUCUGGCCAUGGGGAGUGUGUGAAAAGCUGGUCCACUCCACCAGUCUGUUCAGCCCUGAAACCUGGAUCCAGCGCACCAAGCACUUGUACAGUUGGACAGAGGAGUACGGCAGCUACGAUCAAUUUUCAUGGGAAGCUGUGGCGAAUGAAGAGAUGUGGCAAGCCAGAAUGAAGAUGCCUUUCUUUUUAUUUGAGUUGGCAGAGAGUCCAGCCCAGCCAGAAUCAGUAAAGUUGCAGCUAUAUACAUCUGCCUAUCAGAUGUAUCAGGAGUUGGUCACCGCAGAGAAGCAUCCUGCUAAUUGGCACAAAAACUACGCCAUAGUCUGCGAGAGGAUGUUGCGGUACUCUGCACAGGCUUUAACUGCUGUCGAUCCAGAGUUCCUUCUGUCAGAAACCAUCAAACAUUUCUCACUCUAUGUGACCAAAGCACCAGAUGAUGCACAAAAAAACGCCAUUGUUCAGGUCAUUGGACACCUGAAGGGGGAGCAGGAGAGAGUAAGAAAACUGAACAGAGGGUGAGGGCAGUAUUCCCUCACAGGACUGAGCCAGGGACUAGAAAAGAUGUUUUUAUUUCCUCAAUGAACAGCCAAGCAACCUCAGAAUUUAUUGACCAAUCAAAAUUGUUCUUAAGACUUGCUGUCAGAUGAGAUCAUCAUCUGUACAAGGUCACUUGUUAACAAGUCUGCUAGUUUAAGAAUUGUAUGUGGCCAAGAAUGGAUCACCUCACUGAUGAAAUUGCACAUAUUGUUUUAUACUGUACUUCAUUUUAACUGAUAAAUCAUGAAGUUAUACUUUUUAAUGGGUGACUGAGAUGUAUUUGUUAAAAUGUAACAAUGCUGUUCUAUGCCCAUUUCAUAGAUUACUGGGUGUUUAACUCAGGAUAUUUGAGAUUUAUUUUCACACUGCAGCUCUCAGAACACUGGUAUUUUGAGGCCAGGUUGACAGAGAUAAGAGAGCAGUUAGGUGGUGAUUAGUUGAGCAUUUAUUGGUACCUAUCGUGACACGGUUGAUGUAGAUACUUCUGGGGUUCCUUGCUUGGGCAGUUUAAUUGGGGUGUUGCCUUAAGAUCUUGCGCUUGUUCCUCUGCUAAAACAGAGAGCUGGAGGUGACGUCUGUGCUCCAAAGCAUUUUAUCAGAAGGACCCUUUUGGAGCUAGCCUUCCCUACACACACCUUGUCAAUCGCGUUUUGCCAGAGGGUUGGAUCUCUUCCCAUCCUGACACAAGUUGUCCAGGAGGAUCAGUUGUCUCCCUCUGGGAUGUGGACCAGGUUUCCAAGGUUGGAGUAGAAGACCUCCUUGGCCCAUCUGUAACUUCCAUGGUUGGGGGCUAAUGACCCAAGCAUGUUAAUUCUGUGUUAGAGUGAGCUAGAGUCCUAAGUCAUUCACUAAUUCAACAGCAGUUGCUGAGAAGCUGGUCUAACUUACUCUUGAUGGCAAGGCCCAUUCUAUUCUUACUCCUUGAAGAUGGUUUAUAAUUGUGGUCCUUCUAACUUUACCAUGGCUCCCCUCACCCCUCCUUGGAUGAUAAGCUUCAAUAGGUAGAGGAAAGUGUAGAGGAUUACUUGGUUCUGAACUUGUGGUGGAUCACACACUGGUUCCUGAAGACUGCACUCAUGGAAAUAUAAAAGUCAGACUCUGGCUGCAAUUUUCUAAUCCUCAAAUAUGUAAAUUAUGUCCUUGGACAGAACAGUGGCUCCCAAUAACCCCUCUUAGAAGGCGGGGAAGUACAACCAGGGAAAUCUGUCACCUAAAGUCAUGUGCAGCUGCACUUUAUCCCCAUUAUUUGAGGUUACCCCAUUAAUGAGGUACUCAACAUUUAGAAAUACAUGGAUUGACCAGAGUCAACAUAUUUGUUAAAAUCAGGACAUGUUAACAACUUGUUAAGUGACUGGCUGGACAUACGAGUUGAAGUUGUACAGAUGGAUUACACAAUGUGGACUUCAGGAGGCAUUCCGUAGAGAAUGAUUUGCGUGUACUGCACAUUCCAGUUCAAUGUUUCAUGGCUUUUUAAGUAUGUCACUGGUGUUUUAUUAAAGUCCCACAACUGACAAUAUGAUAAUAGCUACAACCUAUCUUAAAAGUGUACCUAGUCAUUCAUGAAAAGUGAGUGUUGCUGUUGAGGCCAACAUUAGUUACUCACCACCCCUGAACUGAGUGGCUUGCUGAGCCAUGUCAAGGUCUCAGUCAAGUAUACUGCUGCAGGUCUGGAGCCACAGACCAGACCAGUUAAAGGAGGCAAAUUUUCUUCCUUGAAGACUGUUACUGAACAAGAUAUUUUUACAAUAAUCUGGGAGCUCCAUGGGUCAUUAUAACUGAAACUUGUUUAUUAUUUGUGUCCAUUAUGGCAGCUGGGGUAAUCAAGUAAUAAACAAGUGUGGCCAGUACUUUAUUCCUCACUAAUUACUAGACAAAUAUUUGGAGGCCUGAACUAAUGAUCUGGACACAAUUAGUCUAGUAAUUAGUGAGGAAUGAAGUACUGACCACAGCACCAGAGAUAAUUCCCUGUAUUUUUUUGAAUAUUAGGACUUCUAUCUUCACCUGAGUGGAUGGAAAAGUCAUCUGAGAAUAAUCAAGCUGCACUGAAGCAGCAACCUGGAUUACAUGGUCAUGUCUUCAGAGUGAGACUGAUCCCACAUCAGAGAAACAUCACACACAGUUAUGGCCAUCUGGAACUCUUCUAUAAGAGGCUCUAGCUGCACAGAUUCAUUUAGAUUUGAAGGCAGCAAACUAGGACUAAGCAGGAAAUGAAAUAGCAUCUCCAGGAGAGAACAGCAGGAAACUGUUAAAGCUUUGUGGUAGCUCUUAGUAGACAGACAUGGAUUGUAAGCAGGCUAUUUUAUAUGCUUAAAUGGUUUAUAAUAAAGAAUCAGAUUAUAAAAGGGCACACAGGGGAAACCAGAGGUUGAAUCCACAACUCUCAUUGGAAUAGUGUUCAUGUUUAGUCAAAAUCUCAAUUUUAAUAGAAAGGCUAACAUUUUCAUAAAACAGAAAAUGCUGGAAAAACUCAGCAGGUUUUUCUGUCUGCAGAAAGGAGGAGUUAAUGUUUUAGAUUGAUAAUCUUUCAAUGAGAACUAGGAAAGGUUAUAAAUCAAAGAUGCUUUAAAUUGCACUUAAGGGCAAGGUAGACACAAACCAAGGGCAGGUCUGUGAUAAAGUGGAGAUUAAAUGACACUUGUGGUGCCAGCUGACGGUGGUGAAAGCUUGUUAUUUAGUUUAUCUGUCUGAGCAGAUAUAGAUGUCUGAAGAUAGCAGAGGGAGGGAAAAAAUUGCAGGAACUAAAGACUAGAGGUUGGAAUUUUGAAAUCAAAGAACGCUGGAACACCCAGAAGGCCAGGCAGCAGUGUGAACAGGAAGAAAAUGAUAAAAUUACCAAUUGUUGACUUUUUGUCAAAACUGGAAAGGCUGGUGACAUGAGAUUAUUGAUUUCAUUUUCAAGUUCUGAGGCCUGUAAUCCAUCGCACUGGAACAGAGGUCAAAGAUGGAGUGAGAAUGAAAUGGAGAAUGAAAGUGAUAGCUGCAGAAAUAAAGGCAA